AUGGCCUCUCAUCAUUCCACCAACCGCCACUCAACCCAACCCAUCUACAACCUCUACACCAAGGAAACUGCACAAAAAUCCCAAGACUAUAAUAAGACCAUUCUGAUAAUGUUCCGCUUCUUACGCCGUCAGCAUAAAACCCUUGACGUAAUAACCCUCUUCCACAAACCCUCCCUCCCCGCCUCCAGCCGCGUCCUCGCCCUUCUAAAACAAGCCAAUGCCGCUGCCGCCGCAAACGCAACCAUCGACCAAGCAUCCGAAACCUCUCCCAACCAACGCUGCGAGUUCGAGCUGAAUGUCACUGAGGAACCCCCUACUCCGGAUCAGCUUAAAAAUAUCCUAGAUUACGUGGGUGCGGAUGUGGGAGGGGAUGUGGGGAAGGCCAGGGGCGGGGCGGCGAUGGCGAAACCGGGGGAUCUGGUACAGGGGGCGCAGGAUAGGUUGGAUGCAUUGAGGAGAUUGAAAGAGGAUGGAGGCAGGUUUGUUAGGCCGGUUGCUAAAAUCUCUGAACUAUCCUCCCUUCCUAAGAUCGUCGAUUGGAAUAAUGGCACUGCCGUCAUUGGGGAAAAUAAAUCGGAGAUUCUAAAACUCGUCCGGGAAAUCCCUCCGGAUGUCUCACCGCAGUAA